UAAUAAUAACAGCAAAUAUGACGCGACCGCGACUCUCUUGACGGAAAGUUAUAGCAAAAAAAACUAAAUUGAUCGCAUAAUUCAAGGUCGCGCUGUGAAGUAACAAUAAGUAGUUUUUUGCGGAAAAGAAAACGUAGAGCAGCAGGUGGAAGUGAUAUUCAAAGUUCUGAAGUGUCGCGAAAAAAAAUACAACGAGCAUUCAAGAACUUCAAUUUAAUUACGGCACAAACAGGCAUAUUUGGACGACGAUAAGAUAAGCCAAAGUUCCAAAAAGAAGAGAGCUCCAUUGGUAAUAAGAUGCCAUGGGCAAGUGUGUCUCCCGGCAGUCGCCUCCGCUCAGCCAUCUCGAGGAGAUCGCCUCCUCCCAUGGCGGAGAGCAUCAUCAAUCUGUAUUGACAAUCGCAUUGUCUCGCGAAGACUUGGCCCAGGCGCACAAAAUCUGGCAAGAGUUGACAGCGAGUAAUGAAUACAUAGCAGCCACAUCGUCACGGGACCAGGAGGAGCAGUACCACCAGCAUCACCAUCAGGAGGAACUGGAGGAGCAGGAACCCUUUUACUAUACCAUAAGCCGGCGGCAUAUCGAAUCCCUUUACAUCGAUGCCCCAGUGGAACCACUGACAUCACCCGACGGCGACGUGGUGAAGUACUCCUCCACUUGUCAGGAGUUCCUGCUACAGGAGCUGCUGCAGGCCAUCGAAACCGCCGAGGAGGAGCAACAGCACAGACACCAGAAUCCUGCCAGAAUCAGGCCAGAACCUCAAUUACAAGCGGAGAACAACGGCUGGCUGCCGGCGGGCCAGGCGGAGAGCAAGAAGCAGGGCAGCAAGUCAAGUCGCCGGCACCACCACAAUGCAAAUGGAAAUGGCAACGGCAAUCCGACGGAGACACAGGAUCAGGCGGUGCACACCAAAGGCACUGCCAUGUCCUUUGGCUUCCGCAAAAAGCUCAACGGGACGCCCAAGAAGUUCAAGAAACUCCUGGAAGGAGGCGAUAAAAACGCAACGCUAACGGACACAAAGGACGACAAUGGCAAUGCAGCUGCUCCCAUUCACUUUGAGAAAGUAGGCGCCGCCGCCCAGAAGACGGCCUCCCAAUUGGCGGCAGGUGCGGCCGGUGCCCGUUUUGGAUAUCGUGGGGCGGUGCCACGCCCCGCUUCCACGGGAAUAACUGCGCCCAGCGAGGAAUCCGAAUCCGAGACCACGGCCAAUGUCCAGAAUAACAACAAUAAUAACAAUCGAGGAGCGGGAAGCGGUCCAGUGCUGGUGAGCAAUUUGAAAAGGCGCUCCAAGAGCGCACAUGCCGGCGGCACGUCCGGCAGUGGUGAGCCCAAAAUAGCCCAGCCCAAGACGCUGACGUUCAAUCUGAACCAGAACACAACCAUUGAGUACCAGCGGCGUCAGUUCUUCGGGGAGAUUGCGGACGACACGUCGGGAUCCGGCAUGGGAUCGGGAACGGGAUCGAGAGGGAUGCAACCGCGAUAUAAUUACAACAACCUGGCCAGCAUGCAUGCCAAUGUCAUAGUUCGGCCCACACCGCGUCCUACGCCUGCUAGCUAUGCCAAGUUCACCCUGCAAACGGUGAGCCUUCCCCGGCCGGAGUAUCCGGUGGCCAUCAGCCUGACGGCCACCACACCUACCACGCCCAGCAGCAGUGUACAGUCACCAGUGCCGGCUCAUUCGACUGGUGCCCGGGCCAAGGACACCUCCACCAGCUCCAGCUCACGACAGCACCCGUUGACCUCCGUGCAUGUCCAGCCGCAGGCUCAGCAGCGACAUCUCGACCAGAAGAGUGUCAAGCAGCUGACCAAUAAUUCCACGCGGCGAGGAUUCUCUGGAAGUCGGGAGAUUAGCGCCGACUCUGGGAUAGCCAGCAUGGACAUGGCCCUGGAUAGUAGCUCCGGAAGCUCUGUGGGCUCCAAGCGAAGUCGCAGUCGGCCCCGGAACCUCAAGAUGGUGAUGAGUGGCAGGCACACUUUCGAGGUGCGGGAUGCAGAUGAUCCGCCCUCCAGUGAGUCAAACUCCUUUGUGGAACCUCUGGCACUUCCAAAACUGCCCACAGAUGGCAGCCAGAGUAUUCCCUUGCCCCUGCUGGGCUUGGUAAGAUCCAACACGGUGCUCAGCCGGGAGAGUUACGAACGCCGUCAGGCUGAAGGAUCUCCAGGAUCGCAGGAUCACAGUGAGGAGAAGCCCAAGACCCAAGGCAAUGGUGGCUCCGAUGAGAGCGAAAGCGUGGACGAGGAGAAACUCUACUUGGACUCGUCCACCUCCGAGAAGAGUGCCAAACAGCAGCAUAGUCAGUCUUCGGUGGCCUCCACUUGGCGUCUGCAGGCAGGUGAAUCCCUGGCUGCCCAGGAUUGCAGCAGCAUGUCCAUGAGCAUCAGCAGCGACACUCAGGCACCGGAUAAUGCCAGGGACAAUAAUGACAAGGAGGAAGACAUGUCCCUGGGCCUGGAUGAGAUUAGCUUAAUCAACACGGACAUGCAGUUUAGCACAAUCUCUUCAAUGACGGAAACUCCGCCUAAAGUGGGUCAGGUGGAGACGCUGCUCAACAUGCAUCUGGUGGAUAACCGCGAGGUGGUUGCCACCUGCUCUUCCGGCGAUCGUCCGAGGUCCUUUAACAAUGCCCUAAACGAAUCCAAGUUUGCAGAGUUGGCCUUGGCUAGUAGUAGCUGCCUGCUCCUGGAUGAUGAGACCUCUCCCACAGAUAGCUUGGUGAGCAGCACGGAGGAUUCCGAGGAGGCGGCCGGUGGCAAGCUGCAGAAGCACAAGCUCAACGAGGAGCGCCAGCAGAAGGACAUCGAUGAGAUUGAUAUAGAUGAGAUCUCACCAGUAUUAGAACUGGAUUUGGAUCCUCCAGGAAGUCGUAGUCCCAUCUCACCCGGCACACCCACUCAUGCCUCGCACUCACUUUCCUUGGGUUCGGAUUGUGGAAACCUCAUUGACGACGAGAUUGCCGAUCAGCCGGCUCUGCUGUGCAACAGUGAGGCCCAGGAAGCGGCCACCGAUACGCCCACUCUGAUGGAAACCCUGACCCACACCCAGACGGGAUCUUUGAGGUCCCUGAAGAGUCAGUCGAAGGCUCGCACCGCUCUCCAGCAGGCCAUUGAAUUGAGUCUCAGGACUCCGGCGGCAGUGCGAAAGGCGGUAAUGGAUCGAGCUGAAUCCCUGGAUACCCUAUCGCCCUGCGAGUCCAUCUGUUCCGAUGAUCUAAUGAUGGACUUUGACAUGAACAGCAGUCUGGAUUCCAUUGAUCAUAUGGCAAAUGCCUCGGGACGCAGUCGCAGUGGCUCGGAUUUGCACAGAUUGGGUCAUGGUGGUCACGAUAUGGAUGUCACUCGGGCGGAAACGGAAGCGGAGCUGCUCUCAGAGCUGGAGAGGAAGGGCAGUGAUGUGAUGAAGGAACUGAACACGCUGCUAAGAGGACGAAGGCAACGAGGCGGUCCAAGAGAGCGAAUUAGCGCCCAACUGCCCGCCCGUGCCACCAGAUUGCUGAACCGGUCACGUCUCCAGGACCAACAGCUCACCGGCAACGAUUCGGACAACAGUUUGAGAUCCACACACAGCGGCGGGGCUUCGGCAUCCGCUGCUGUCCGCAAGAGGAGCACGGCCAACUCACGAGCCUCCACUGCCUCGUCCACGGCCAGUCUGCCCCGGCAGCGUCACCUGCAACAGCAGCACCUGGGACAGUCGGGAGCCGGCGGAGGAGGAGCAGGCGGUUCAGGUUCGGGAGCUUCCAGCCAAAGGUGCAGUGGCGAGCUGCAUAGCUCGUCGGACGACCUGAUGUUGUAUGACAAGUCCUUCCGCAAUGCCAUGCUCCAGGAUGUGCUGCAGUUCAAGAAGCAGUUGCUGCGAUUGCGUCGCAUACUCCAGGAGACGGAAACGCUCAAUCCUUUCGAGAACGACAACGUUCAGCUGUUCGCCGCCUGCGGUUUGGAUAGCAAGCAGUUGAAUGACAUCGAUCUGGCCAGCCUGACCUCGUCCACGACGGAGGAUCCGCUCCAGGAGCUAACGGAUCUACGUAGACAGGUGGUUUACCUUCAGGGUCAAGUGGACGAUCGUGAUCGCACCAUCCGCCUGCAGCGCGAUCUCAUCGAGCAAUUGGAGGCGGAGAAGCGGCAAAAGGCGCUGGCCAAUGGCACCGCCAGCGAGCCACCCGGCAAGGAGCUCAUCAGCAUGGCCACCCAGACGGAGCGGACACGACCACUUGCCAUUGGUGCGGAGGGUUUGUCCAGAAGUAAGCCCGAAUAUACCAGUUAUACCACGCACUUUCCGACGCUCCACUUGCACGACUCCACGCUGGCAGCCACCACCAUAAUCCGGCACCACCAGAGCAACCAGAGCAGUAGCAGUAGCCACCAGGGGGAGCGGGAACGCGACAAGUCCCAAUCCAAUUGCCCAGCCCUAAGCCAGACCCGCCGGCAUACCAUAAUCUCCACCACGCUGACCAACUACAACCAGCAGCUGGCGGCAGCAUCUUUCCCAGACACGCCACCCAGGCGCUCCUCCAUUGGCUGGGAGGCCACUACGACCACGAACACACCGUCAACGUCCUACAAGCCUGUGAGGAUAACGCUGAUUGGGGAUCCGUUGCCGCUAAAGCAUAAUAUUAAGUCCUCCACCGGAUCGCUCUCCUCGCUGUCCUGCUCCUCCACAUCAUCGCUGUCGCCGCAGGCCCAGAACGGGGUCAAGAUGAGGUACCCAAAUGGGUGCCAGAGCAAGCCAAGUGCGCAUUAUCAGCCGUUGUACAACAGCAACAAGAUGACAAGCCCAACCGUAACUAUAGUCUGAUUUGGAUAUAUACCAGUCUCUCCUCCAGUUUUUAAACAUCAUCCAAGCAAGCAAGUCUUCUUCUGGGAAAGCUCUGAACAACAACAAACAAAAACAAGAAUCCAUAUAAUUAAUUGUGAAAUAGACCUAGUACAAGUUCUUAACUAGCCUAAGCUAAAAACGGAAGUAUAUUUGCAUCUUAGCCGAGAGCUCUUAGUAAAAUAUUUGCAUGUAAGAAUUGUACUUAAAAUAUAUCUCCAUAAAUUUAUAUCCGUAUUGCUUCAAUAUACAUCUAAACUACAAUUAGCUCUUCUUUUGGCCAAGUUUGUUGGCCUCCCAUAAUAUUUUGCUAGCCAGAUAUAUAAUAUCGCCCAUCUGAGCCUCCAACUUAAUGGAAAACCAAGCACAAAUCUUAUAAAUGUGCGAUUAGUGGAAUAUUAAAUAUAUAAUAUAUGCGUAUGUGUAAUCUUAAAUAGAAUUAAUCGACUUAAUCUUUUGAUUGUUAAAUUGUUUCACCUAAGUUUUAGUCUAAGUUUAGAGAGUUUUUCCUUGUUUAAUUUUCCUGUAAUUUGUACUAUAUAUAUGAGCUAUGAUGUAUUUCUAAACCAAUAGCAGCGAAGAGGAAACAAUAAUGAACGCAAGAUAUUUUAUAUUUUUUUUCUCCAAGAGCACAAUAAUCGUCAAGUAAUUAACCGAUAUUAUAUAACUUAUACUGUAUGUAAACCACUAUUAAAGAGUUAUAGAAAGUACCUAUCGAUAGAGAAAGAUAAACAAGAGGCUGUGUGUUUG